UCAACUAUCAUUUCAUUCGAGAAGUACAUCGCUUGAUAAAACUGCUUAAAAUGUUGCGAUCUGGUCGUCUGAUCACGGUUAUGAAACAUGCUGCGGCUAACAGAUAUGUUAUGCCUGCAGCAAGACCAGCAGCUGUUGUUCUGUACCAGGAUCAGAGAUUUAAAGCUGCAGCAGCUGCUUCUCAGCCCAAGCCACAACCAGAACAGGAAAGUAAAUCGUUUGCCAUGGGUUUGUUUAAAGGACAAGUUUAUGCAGACCAAGUGUUUCCAUUUCCAGAAGUACUUACAGAGGAACAAAAGGAAACGUUAGAGAUGCUCGUAGACCCAACAGCAAAAUUCUUUGAAGAGGUGAAUGAUGCAGCUAAAAAUGAUCAGCAAGAAACAGUUGAUGAUGAGACGUUACAAGGGUUGAGAGAAAUGGGUGCUUUUGGCCUCCAAGUACCUCAAGAAUAUGGUGGGCUUGGUUUAACCAAUACACAGUAUGCUAGACUUGUUGAAAUCGUCGGUGCUCAUGAUCUUGGAGUAGGGAUUGUUUUGGGUGCUCACCAGUCUAUCGGAUUCAAGGGAAUACUUUUAUUUGGAGACAAAAAGCAAAAGGAGAAGUAUUUGCCUCAAGUUGCAUCGGGAGAAAAGAUUGCCGCCUUCUGUCUGACAGAACCUGCCAGUGGUUCUGAUGCAAGUUCAAUUAGAUCCAGAGCUGUACUUAGUGAAGAUGGUAAACAUUAUAUUUUAAAUGGCAGUAAGAUCUGGAUCAGUAAUGGUGGUACUGCUGAAAUAUUUACUGUGUUUGCACAGACCCCAAGCCCAGAUGGUAAAUCCAAGGACAAGAUCACUGCGUUUAUUGUUGAAAGAUCUUUCGGUGGUAUUACAAAUGGACCACCUGAGAAAAAGAUGGGUAUCAAAUGUUCCAACACUGCAGAGCUGUAUUUUGAAGACGUUAAGAUACCGGUGGAGAACGUUUUAGGAGGUGUUGGUGGUGGCUUCAAAGUUGCUAUGAAUAUCUUAAACAACGGUAGAUUUGGAAUGGGUGCUGCAUUGUCUGGAACCAUGAGGGCACUCAUACAGAAAGCUGCUGACCAUGCUGCAAACCGCACACAGUUUGGUAACACCAUAGACCAAUACGGUGUAAUACAGGAAAAGAUUGCACGCAUGGCAAUAAAGCAUUAUGUGACAGAAUCCAUGGCAUAUAUGAUAUCGUCCAAUAUGGAUGCCGGCUCCAAGGAAUUCCAAAUUGAGGCAGCUAUUGGUAAAAUUUAUGGCUCAGAGUCUGCAUGGUCUGUGGCUGAUGAGUGCAUUCAAAUCUGUGGUGGCAUGGGAUUUAUGCGAGACUCUGGAAUAGAACGAGUUAUGAGAGAUCUUAGGAUAUUCCGAAUAUUUGAAGGAACCAAUGAUAUCUUGCGACUUUUUAUUUCUCUUACUGGUAUCCAGAAUGCCGGUGGUCACUUGAAAGAAUUACAGAAAGCCUUCAAGAACCCAGCAGCUAAUUUUGGGGUAAUUGUAGAAGAAGCCAACAAGAGAGCCAAGCGUAUGAUGGGUUUCACUCAGGGACCAUCCCUAGCUGAGUACACACACCCUAGUCUAUCACGAUCGGCAAGUCAGUCGUCUAAAGCUAUUGCUGAAUUUGGCAUGUCAGUUGAGGAUCUACUGAUAAAGUUUCGCAAGAACAUUGUCCAUGAACAGUUUCUUUUAUGGAGAGUUGCUGAAGCUGCAAUUGAUAUCUAUGGCAUGGUUGCUGUAUUGUCCAGAGCAUCACGGUCGUUAAAUGAAGGUCAUAGCACUGCCGAACACGAAAGUAUGAUGUGUCAAGUCUUCUGCAAUGAGGCUUCCGUCAGAGUGGCAGAGAACCUGAUGGCGGUGAGGGAUGCCACAAACCUCAGUAAUUUCAAGAAGCUUUCGCAGAUUUCAAAAGACGUCAUCUCGCAUGGUGGUGUAAUGCAACAGCAUCCAUUGGGAUUCUAAAAUUGACAAUGUCUGUUCACUUGACACAGUCCAUUGUAAGGAAUGACUGAUUGGCAGUUUACAGCAAUAAUAUAAAUGCAGGUGUCUAUUCUGAGAUGUGCAUGUCUAUUACAGUAUUUAUUGACAUUUAGUUUGACAGUCCAAUUAUCUCAGUUCAAUAAUUUGGAUACAGCAAAUACGGGUCUGUUUAUUUGAAAGUUUUGCAGUUCAACUAUUUUUACAAAUGUUUGAACUGAACUGAUGUUAAGUGUAAGGAACUUAUGAGUGAUGCUGUGAUCUAUAAAUUAUUUAUUGAUCUCAUACUUAAUGUCAUUAUUCCAUACUCAUGUUUACCAUGGUAAUGGUACCAUUUACAUUUUCAGCUUGCUUUUGGAAAUGCAAUUCAUCUGCAAAUGUAUAAUUAAACAUUUAUUUGUUGGGAAAAAGAGUAAUUAAAGGUGAUUCACUUCCUCAUUGUGCAUGUGUAAGUCCGUCAUCUUUUAAGCGCAGCGGUCAUUUAAAAAAUAAUUUUGUGUGCCAACUUUUUUGCAGGUCAAUUUACUAAAGCAUUUCACAUUUACCAAUAUUUGAACAACUGAUUCCUCAGAAUUACAUACACACUUAAUCAAACACAACUUUGAUCAAUAAUUUAUGAAUUUUUGCUCGGACAGAUUUCACAUACUUGAACACUGAUUUCUCAGAAUACACACCUACAUGAACACUUCAUCUUUCAGUUUUUUGUGAAUAUUUGUACUUUUCACUGGAAUGCAAUGCCAUUUCAAUGCAAGGGUGGGGCUCUUUUCCCACCCACAUACUGUUGCCAUCUCACUGCUUCUUGUUGUGGUGACCAUUUGGAAUAUCGUCUCUGCUUUGUUUGUCAAAUUUUUAGAAGCUUCAUUUGAAUAUCAUCAUCACAUAUCAUUUCACAUAAAAGUUGCAUUCCCACAAUAUAUAUAUAUCAAAAUGUUAAGUAAUGAGAAAUCAGCUGCAGAAUAUGAAAUUGGUGAGCCUCCUAAAUUAAGCUAAAUUUGUAAACAAUUAGAGUUAGGAAGCUUUGUUUGUCCAUUAACAUUGUAGGUAUGUAACGGAUAAGAUUCUCCACUAUUAAAUAAGGGUGGGAUUGAAAGCAAAGGCUGGAUAUCUACCGGUGCUUUUAAUAUACUGUAUAUUUAUAGCUAAAACAGCAUUAUUUGAACACGGUUCAUGUUUUUAGCUUGUUCUGGGAUCAUUGUUUUUUUUACAUAUUUGCAAAGUGAGAAUGCAACUUGUAACUUUGUACUGUACACUUUCACAUUUUGUAUGCUAUUAAAUCCCUCCAACAGAUUUUCAAAA